AUGAGGGCGGCGCAGGGGGGCGGGCAACAGCGGGCGCGGAUAUGGCACGUGGGUCGGCCUGGGGGGGGGGCUGGGGGCGGUGGCUGGGGCGGGAGUGGGCAGGGGGGGGAGUCUGGUGGGGUGGGGGGGGUGAGGGGGGGUGGUAUAGAUGGGGGGGGGGGAUGGGACGGGGGGAUGGGGGAUUUGUUUGGGGGGGGGGGCGACGGAGGGGGGUGCGGCGGACGCGCUGAGCACCCCCAGGGGGUGAGGCGCGGGGGGGAUACGAUAGGGGGUGGGUGGCGGAAAGAGGAAGGGAACAAGGGAGGAAGAUUGGGCAGGGGGGGGGGACACUGGGGGGACGAGGGGACGCAAGACUGGGGAGAAGUGUAG